AUGCCGUGCCAGGACAUCAAUGGGGGCUCUGGCGUGCUAUUUGAAUUGAACAAGUGUCAGCGUCGAGGGGAAACAGCGUCGAAGCUGUCGCUCCGCAGCUCGUGGCCCCCGCUGCCCCGCCCACCCCUUCACGACCAUUCUCAGAUGUUGUUGUACAGCAUUUGCAUGUCCUGCCAGUCCUUCCAGUCCUGCCGGUUCGACUACGGCGACGCUCUCAAAACUCAAAAUAUUAACACUUUAACGCCAAGUUUUUUAUCCGGCUGCCGGAAACAGACAACACAGACAUAUACACACACAUAGGCACAGACACAACACAAAUACUGAGCCCUCGGCGGCGGCGGCAAAACGCCAUGUUGGAUUAUUCAGCUCGACGCCAUUUCGCGUCACAAUGCGCGCUAUGCGCCGCCAUCAUUGCACUCGACAGCGAACGGCACGGCAAACGGCACACGGCACAAGGCACACGGCACACGGCAGCAGCAGCAGCAACAGCUAACAACGUUAGUGGCCCACCCGGCGGAUGAAGUUGCAAUUCAAAGUCAUAAACACGUGGAGCGUGGGCGCAAAGUCUAAGCUAAGCCGCGAAGCAGGCUGACAGUGGCAGCGGCAGCGGCAGCGGCGACAGCAACGGCAACGGCACUUCCGGCCCAGAGAUUCCUAGCCUGGCCUUUUUUUCCAGACCAUUUUGUUGCUGCCUCUGUGCUGGUUGUCUCCGCGAUGUACAGAAGAGACAUGUAUGUUGUGGUGGAAAACCUCUGGAAUAUCGCGCAUCCAUUACAGAAGUACGCGUAG